AACUCUGGACACGUCUCUCAAAGAAACAAGUGCUUGCACUCUGAAGCCUCCCACAUUUUUCUUGGAACUGAAGUAGCAGCCAUCGGCGUUGCCGGCGCGUUCGCCGCCGCCACUGAUUGUGGGGCGAGGUGCCGCGUUCGCUCCUCUUGAGGUUAUGCCCACCAAUGGCGGCGGCGCAGCGCGUCCGCUCGGCCUUGGCAUCUCCCCACCCAAACCGGCGGCGCUGUUAUUCCUGCUCCUCCACUGUUCCCUGUUGGCCGCGUCUGCCACCACGGACACCAUCCUCCCCGGCAAGGGCAUCUCCGGGAACGAGACCCUGGUCUCCAAGAGCGGCGGCUUCGAGCUGGGCUUCUUUCCGCCGGGCCCCGGCAUCCACUACUUCCUGGGGGUCCGGUUCAGGAACAUGGCGGGGAACAGCCCCACCUUCUGGCUCGGGGACAGGGUCGUCAUCACCGACCUGCCCGCCGCGUCGCUGGAGAUCUUCGGCGACAGCCUCUACAUCAAGGAGAAUGGGGCCAGCCUCUGGUGGUCGCCUUCGCCGGGCGGCAAUGUGUCGUCCGCCGCCAUGGCGGUCCUCCUCGACAACGGCAACCUGGUGGUGAGGGACCAGGGGAACUCCUCCCUGGUCCUGUGGCAGAGCUUCGACUACCCCGGCGACGCGAUGCUCCCCGGCGCGAGGCUCGGGCUCGACCAGGACACCGGGAAGAACGUCUCGCUGACGUUCAAGAGCUUCUCGCACAACGGCAGCCUCAGCGUCGACGCGACCCGGAGGAACGGGUUCGUGCUCACCACCGACGGGCACGCCAACGGCGGCACCUUCCCGGACUGGAUGGUGUCCUCUCAAGACAACGGCAGCUCGCUGCUGCUGAAUCACCCGGAAACCGCGAACGGUACUGAGUUCUUGCAGUUCAAUCUGGGGCAAAUCAGCCUGAUGAGGUGGUCGGAGCCGGAUCCCGCCGCAAACGGCACAGGCGGCUGGGUCGCUCGCUGGUCCUUCCCUUCCGAUUGCAAAUCCGGCGGGUUCUUCUGCGGCGACUUCGGCGCCUGCACGGGCAGCGGGAAGUGCGGCUGCGUGGAUGGGUUCACGCCGUCGUACCCGAUUGAGUGGGGGCUUGGGUACUUCGUCACCGGCUGCUCGAGGUCUCUCCCGCUGAGCUGCGAGUCCGACGGCCAGACGGAGCACGACGACUCCUUCGCCCCGUUGGACAAGCUGCAAGGGCUUCCUUACAACGCCCAGGACGAGGUGGCCGGAACCGACGAAGACUGCAGGGCGGCUUGCCGGAGCAAAUGCUACUGCAUCGCCUACUCGUAUGGCCAUGGAUGCAAGCUAUGGUACCACAACCUGUACAAUCUGAGCUUGGCCGCUAGGCCUCCGUACACCAAGAUCUACCUCCGUAUGGGCUCCAAGCUCAGGAACAAGAAAGGCUUGCAAACAAGAGGAAUAGUGUUAUUGGUAACUGGAUUCAUAGGCCUUGCUUCUUUGGUACUGAUAUCGGUGCUGCUAUGGAGAUUCAGGAGGGAUUCAUUCGGCACUGGUAAGUUUGAAGUAGAAGGCCCUCUUGCAGUCUACUCUUAUGGACAGAUCAAGAAAGCCACCAUGAAUUUCUCUGAUAAAAUCGGCGAGGGAGGAUUCGGAAGUGUUUUCAGGGGAACAAUACCGGGAUCAACUGCCAUCGCUGUGAAGGAUCUCAAAGUCCUCGGGCAAGCAGAGAAGCAAUUCAGGACAGAAGUUCAGACACUUGGGAUGAUCCAACACAGCAAUCUUGUUCGUCUCUUGGGAUUUUGCGUCAAAGCGAAAAGAAGGUUGCUGGUGUAUGAGUACAUGCCAAAUGGCUCUUUGGAAUGUCAUCUCUUUGCAGAGAAGUCUGGUCUGUUGAGUUGGAAUGUUCGGUACCAAAUUGCAUUAGGCAUCGCCAAGGGUCUCGCCUAUCUGCAUGAAGAAUGUGAGGACUGUAUCAUACACUGUGACAUCAAACCUGAGAACAUACUGCUUGAUGCAGAAUUCUGCCCCAAGAUUGCCGAUUUCGGUAUGGCGAAGCUGCUUGGACGAGAAUUCAACUCCGCACUGACCACCAUCCGAGGAACCAUGGGAUAUCUUGCGCCGGAGUGGAUAUCCGGGCUGCCGAUCACUAAGAAGGCUGAUGUGUACAGCUUCGGCAUUGUGCUCUUCGAGAUAAUCUCGGGGAGAAGGAGCACUGAGGUGGUGAAAUUUGGGAACCAUCGAUAUUUUCCGGUCUAUGCCGCUGCUCAGGUGAGCGAAGGGGAGGUUCUGUGCCUGCUGGAUGCUAGGCUGGAAGGAGAUGCUAAUGUGAAGGAGCUGGAUGUCACCUGCAGGGUUGCCUGCUGGUGCAUCCAGGACGAAGAGAAUGACAGGCCGUCAAUGGGGCAAGUUGUUCGCAUGUUGGAAGGUGUCCUAGACACUGAGAUGCCCCCUAUUCCAGCUUCGUUUCAGAACCUUAUGGAGGGUGAUAACAGUGUUAUAUAUUCUGAUUUCUGAAGUACGUAGGUUGCUAGGGAAUUAGUCACUUGUUGCUGAGUUGUGAUCAGUAUCUGUGUUCUAAUUUUUUUUUCCAGUUCCAAAGUAUAAGCUCUCUACUGAAA